AUGGCUGACGAACUAGCACGUGUACAGCAAUAUGAAUACCGACAGAAUUCCAACUUGGUAUUGCAAGUGGACUACAAUCUCACUGAUCGGCGUGGUCGUGAGGAACCCACUGGUGAAGUUUUACCACUUUCCGAUCGUGUCUUGAAGGGCAUGAAAAUGGGUGAUAAAUACAUGCGGACGAAAGCGCCUAUACAGGAACAGAAGAAAAAACGAAAGAGGAAAACAGAAGAGGAAGACUUUCGGCUUAUGUCGAAAUCUGUCAUUGGAGAUAAUACUGAACUUAUGGGAAGCUAUAAACCGCGUACCCAGGAAACCAAGCAGACCUAUGAAGUUAUUCUAGCUUUCAUACAAGAAGCCAUUGGAGAUCAGCCGCGUGAUAUCCUUUGUGGUGCUGCAGAUGAGGUUUUAGCAGUACUGAAGUCAGAUAAAGUGCGAGAGAAAGAAAAGAAAAAGGAGGUAGAACUAUUGCUCGGUCCUUUGACGGACGAAAGAACUGCGGUGCUUAUUAACUUGGCCCGAAAAAUAACAGACUUCUCCAUGGAAGAUGAACAUAAAAUGGAAAUGGACGAGCUUGAUGAAAACGAAGGUGUCAAUGUGCAUUUUGAUGAGUCGGACGAAGAACAAGAUGCUGUCAUUGACGAAAUCAAAAAUGUCGAUGAAAGCUCUAGCGAUGAUGAAGGUGGGGAGGAGGCUGAGCAUAAUGAAACCCUUCGAGGUGAAGGUUUCGACGAGGAAGAAGAAAGAACCAAGAAAGAUGCUCUUCAUCCACGAGAUAUCGACGCUCAUUGGAUUCAACGCUCGUUGGCGAAGUUUUUCAACGAUCCCAUUGUGGCUCAACAAAAAGUAACGGAAGUCCUGAGCAUUUUAAAGGACUCAGCUGACGACCGUGAGUGUGAGAACAAGCUGGUUCUUUUGCUCGGUUUCGACCACUUUGAUUUUAUUCGCACUCUGAGACAACAUCGACAUAUGGUGCUCUACUGCACCUUACUCAAACAAGCCCAAGACGAAGAAAGAGUCAAGAUCGAAGAAGAAAUGAAAAUGAAACCUGAAUUACAUCACGUUUUGGCGCAGCUUCUUGAGACCGACGAGGCCGAUAUAGUUGAGACUGAACGAGCUAAACGGGAAAAGACAGCACAAAGGCGAGCAGCGGCUGCUGCUGGAGAAGAAGCUGUUGCUGCUGGUCAGUGGUUAGCUGCAAGGAAGGUACUCGAUUUGGAAGACCUGACGUUUUCUCAAGGAAGUCACUUGAUGAGCAAUAAGAGAUGUGAACUCCCGGACGGAUCGUACAGGAAACAGAAGAAAAGUUAUGAGGAGAUACACGUGCCCGCUCUGAAACCGAAGCCUUUUGCCGAAGGAGAGAAAUUAAUAGACAUUAGCGAGCUGCCGAAGUGGGUCCAACCGGCAUUUGAAGGCUUCAAGUCUUUGAAUCGUAUUCAGUCUCGUCUUUGUGAGAGUGCUUUGAACAGUGAUGAGCACCUUCUUCUUUGCGCACCCACCGGAGCAGGUAAGACGAAUGUAGCAUUGCUGGCAAUCCUUCACGAGGUCGGAAAACAUCUGAAUGAGGAUGGAAGUGUGAAAGUAGACGAGUUUAAAUGCAUAUACAUCGCUCCGAUGAAAUCACUCGUGCAAGAGAUGGUUGGAAAUUUCACCAAAAGACUGGCUCCAUUUGGAAUAACGGUGGGAGAAAUGACUGGGGAUGCACAAAUGAACAAGGAGCAGUUCAUGGCUACUCAGGUCAUUGUUUGCACUCCGGAAAAGUACGAUAUAGUUUCGAGAAAAGGCGGUGAACGUGCCUACAGUCAACUUGUUCGACUAGUGAUUAUUGAUGAGAUUCACUUGCUACAUGAUGAUCGUGGGCCUGUGCUUGAAGCAAUCGUUGUCAGAACCCUUCGGCAAGUUGAACAAACACAUGAUGAUUGUCGACUUGUUGGUCUGUCAGCAACGCUUCCUAAUUAUCAAGAUGUGGGAACCUUUCUGCGUGUAAAGCCUGAGCAUCUUUACUAUUUCGAUAACAGUUACCGACCUGUACCAUUAGAGCAGCAGUAUAUAGGAGUGACUGAAAAGAAAGCGCUUAAACGGUUCCAAGCAAUGAACGAGGUGGUAUACGACAAAAUCAUGGAGCACGCAGGGAAAUGUCAGGUGCUUAUUUUCGUCCAUUCUCGAAAGGAGACGGCUAAAACAGCAAAAGCAAUUCGUGAUGCAUGUCUUGAAAAAGACACGCUCUGUGCGUUCAUGCGGGAAGGCAGUGCAAGUACUGAGAUUCUUCGAACCGAGGCUGAACAAGUGAAAAAUCAUGAGUUGAAAGAUUUGCUUCCGUACGGAUUCGCUAUUCACCAUGCUGGAAUGAACAGGCUUGAUCGUACACUUGUUGAGGAUCUGUUUGCCGACAAGCACAUUCAGGUGUUGUUUUCUACCGCAACACUGGCAUGGGGAGUGAAUUUGCCAGCUCAUACCGUAAUCAUCAAAGGCACCCAGAUAUACAAUCCAGAGAAAGGGCGAUGGACGGAACUGGGUGCACUAGAUGUGAUGCAGAUGCUUGGUCGCGCUGGUCGUCCACAGUAUGAUUCCAAAGGCAAAGGGAUCUUGAUCACAAACCAUUCAGAGCUGCAGUUCUACCUUUCCCUGAUGAAUCAGCAGCUACCUGUGGAAAGCCAAAUGAUAGCUCGCUUACCAGACAUGCUCAAUGCUGAGGUGGUUCUUGGCACAAUCAGCAGUGUCAGCGACGCUAUGUCGUGGCUUGGAUAUACGUAUCUUUACAUUCGAAUGCUGAAGUCUCCGGUGCUCUAUGGUAUACCACUUGACCAAGCGAAAGCUGAUCCUCUUCUUGAACAACGUCGUGCGGACCUCAUUCACACUGCAUGUUUGCAGCUUGACAAGGGCAACUUGGUGAAAUACGACAAAAAGAGUGGUUUGAUUCAGGCAACUGAACUGGGGCGCAUCGCUUCUCAUUACUACUGUACUUAUGAGUCCAUGCAGACAUAUAACCAGCUUUUGAAGCCUACAGCAACGGAAAUCGAUUUAUUCCGCAUUUUCUCGUUGUCCAGUGAAUUCAAAAACAUCAUGGUUCGAGAGGAGGAGAAACUAGAGCUGCAGAAGCUGGCGGAACAUGUACCAAUUCCAAUCAAGGAGAGCUUGGACGAGAGUAGUGCCAAAACCAAUGUUCUCCUUCAGGCCUACAUUUCGCAACUGAAACUGGAUGGUUUCGCUCUGCAAUCUGAUAUGGUGUUCAUCGCUCAGUCCGCAGGCCGUCUAUUCAGAGCUUUGUAUGAAAUUGUCCUUUGGCGAGGGUGGGCAGCCUUAGCAUUGAAAGUGUUGAGCUUGUGCAAAAUGGUGACAGCUCGGCAGUGGCAAUCGUUGAAUCCUCUUCAUCAGUUUAAGAAAAUUCCAACAGAAAUUGUACGUAGUAUUGACAAGAGGAAUUAUUCUUUCGAGCGCCUCUACGAUCUCGAUCAACAUCAACUUGGAGAACUGAUCCGCAUGCCGAAAAUGGGGAAACCGUUGUACAAAUUCAUCAGACAGUUCCCGAAACUAGAAAUGACGACACUCAUACAGCCAAUAACGAGAACUACACUCCGCAUUGAGUUGACCAUCACUCCAGAUUUCCAAUGGGAUGAGAAAGUACAUGGCAGCGCAGAAGGUUUCUGGAUUUUCGUCGAGGAUGUAGAUGGCGAACUGAUCCUUCACCAUGAGUAUUUCCUCUUGAAACAGAAGUUCUGCACAGAAGAGCAUGUGGUGAAAAUGUUCGUUCCUGUGUUUGAUCCGUUGCCGCCACUUUACUUUGUGAGGAUUGUAUCGGAUAGAUGGCUUGGAUCUGAAACAGUGCUACCUAUUUCCUUCCGUCAUCUUGUACUACCAGAAAAAUAUCCUCCUCCAACGGAAUUGCUCGAUCUACAACCUUUGCCGAUAUCUGCGCUGAACAAUAAAUCAUUUGAAGCGGUGUUCCAGGCGAAGGAGAUCAAAAUCUUCAACCCAAUACAAACACAAGUUUUCCGAACUGUUUACGAAAGCAACGACAAUGUCUUGAUCGCCGCUCCAAAUGGCUCAGGAAAAACAGCUUGUGCAGAACUCGCCAUUCUCCGUCACUUUGAAAAUAAUCCCGAUGCUAAAUGUGUUUACGUUACUCCAAUGGAAGACAUGGCCACAAAGAUUUUCAAUGACUGGCAAGAUCGUAUUGGCUUGGCUCUUGAUCGUACGGUGGUACUUCUUACCGGUGAGCCGUCAACUGAUCUGAAAUUGCUUCAACGUGGCAAGCUGAUCAUAGCUACCCCAGAGAGAUGGGAUAAUGUUUCUCGUCGUUGGAAGCAAAGAAAAAAUGUGCAAGCCGUGAAAUUGUUUGUUGUCGAUGACCUACAUAUGAUUGGUGGAACCAUUGGGCCGAUCUUGGAAGUUAUCUGUUCUCGAAUGCGGUACAUGUCAGCACAGCUAGACACGACUGUUCGUAUUGUUGGUCUGUCGUCAUCUCUAACCAAUGCACGCGAUGUCGGAGCUUGGCUUGGAUGCUCAGCUGCUGCGACUUUCAACUUUCUUCCAAAUACUCGACCAGUUCCUUUGGAGCUUUAUAUUCAGGGUUUCAAUCUCUCUCAUACUGCCUCGCGUCUAGCAGCUAUGGUUCGACCCGUAUAUCAAGCAAUCAGUCGUCACGCGGGCAAGCUCAAUCCAAAACCAGCUCUUGUGUUUGUUCCUGGACGACGUCAAUCCCGAUCUACAGCGAUCGACCUAUUAACAAUGGCUCACGCUGAUGGAUCUCCUCAACGGUUCCUACAUAUCAAUGAAAAUGACGAAACCUUCCGCAAGCUUCUCGAUUCGUUCCAGGAUCAAACCCUUCGGGAAACAAUUUUGUGCGGCGUUGGCUUCUUGCAUGAAGGAACACAUGCUAAGGAUUUCCAAAUAGUUGAAAAGCUAUUCAGCAGUGGUGCCAUUCAAGUGUGUAUUGUACCUCGUACAAUGUGCUACCAAGUUAGCAUGUUUGCAUAUCUUGUCGUUAUCAUGGACACUCAGUUCUAUAACGGAAAGUACCACGUAUACGAAGAUUAUCCCAUUGGAGAUGUACUGCAUAUGGUUGGAUUAGCAAACAGGCCAGGACGGGAUCCCGAUGCCAAAUGCGUUCUAAUGUGUCAAUCGUCGAAGAAAGAUUUCUUCAAGAAGUUCCUCUACGAGCCGUUGCCGGUCGAAUCUCACUUGGAUCAUUGCUUACAUGAUCAUUUCAAUGCAGAGAUCGUCACGAAAACUAUUGAGAACAAGCAGGAUGCCAUUGACUAUCUUACAUGGACGUUCUUAUACCGCCGUAUGACCCAAAACCCGAACUACUACAAUCUGCAAGAGAUUUCGCAUCGUCAUUUGUCUGAUGCUUUGUCGGAACUUGUUGAGCUGACACUCAAAGAUCUGGAGAAUAGCAAGUGCAUUGCAAUCAAAGAUGAUAUGGACACCCUGCCACUGAACUUGGGAAUGAUAGCUGCAUACUAUUACAUUUCUUAUACAACUAUUGGUUUGUUUUCAUUCAUUACAAAAUUCUCAACUCCGCAGAAGCAUCGUUCUCAUCAUCGGCUUGCAGAAUUGUUCUCGAUGUCGCUACAAGCCAAAACGAAGUUGCGUGCCCUUAUUGAAAUCAUUGCCAACGCAAGUGAAUUUGCCUCGAUACCUAUGCGACAUCGUGAAGACGUAGUGAUGAAGCAGCUGGCUGCUCGCCUUCCAGGACAGUUGAAGAAUCAGAAAUUCUCUGAUCCGCAUGUCAAAGUGAACUUGCUGAUUCACGCCCAUCUUUCACGUAUCCAGCUAUCGGCCGAGCUCAGCAAAGAUACCGAUAUGAUUGUGCUGAAGGCUAUUCGCCUUGUACAGGCUUGUGUUGAUGUUCUCUCAAGUAACGGUUGGCUUUCGCCUGCUAUUCAUGCAAUGGAGUUAUCACAAAUGUUAACUCAAGCAAUGUACAGUAACGAAUCCUACCUGAAACAGCUACCACAUUGCAAUGCGGGACUUCUGGAAAGAGCCAAGCAAAAGAAAGUAGAGUCAGUAUUUGAAUUACUGGAAUUGGAUGAUGAUGACCGUCGUGACAUCUUGCGUAUGGAGGAUGUACAACUUGCCGAUGUUGCUAAAUUCUGUAAUAAUUACCCAUCAAUAGAAGUUGAACAUCAGCUGGAGAAUGACACCGUCACAGUGGGCGACACCCUAUUGGUGAACGUAUCCAUGGAGCGUGAAAACCACAUAAAUGGUCUGGCACCUCCUGUUGUGGCACCUCUUUUCCCUCAAAAGCGGAAAGAAGAAGGAUGGUGGCUUGUAGUGGGAGAUCCAACUGCGAAUGCUUUGUACUCCAUCAAACGGUUGACCAUCAACGAGAAGGCAAAAAUGCAACUCGACUUUAUAGCCCAGAGCUCCGGAAGAUUUGAUUAUAAGCUGUACUUUAUUUGUGAUUCAUAUUUGGGAGCUGAUCAAGAGUUUGAUUUCUCAGUAAAAGUGGAAGAUCACAGUCGAAGCAGAAAGCGAAGGAGAGAUGACGACUAA